CGCACAUGUGUAGUCACGUGGUGAAGUGAUUCUCCUGUACCGUACCAGGUGCGACAGAAAAAAAUCUGCUUCUGACGAAGUUAAUGAUGGAUGCUGGAGACGGUCCCGCUGCUGCAAUUUGCAAAUUAUGCGGGAAGGCAUUUAAGCUUCCUGAAGAUGGAGCUGAUGGUAACCUGCCUCGUCUGCUUUUAUGCGGCCACAUCUUCUGCACGAACUGCCUUGUGUCCCUUGAGUGUGAAGGUGCCAUAAGAUGUCCUGAUUGUGAGAUUGGGUCGACUCUUCCAGAUGGGGGGGUUUAUGGUCUCCAGGAAGAAAGCAGAAUCAUUGGUCUGAUUUACACUGCGAAGAUGAACCAGAUGAAAAGACCAAAGGGGUGCCGAAAGAUCAGAUUAUCAACAUGUGCAGUGAACACUUCCAACACUGAUGUUGUGGAGCAGCAAGCAGACACUGAGAAGAUUGAGAGGACAGUAGACGAGUCACUGGCCCAAGCUGCAGAAACUCUUGCCCAGUUGGAAAACAUGUAUGAGACCUUGACAGCUGGUCUGGCAAAGCAGGUGAAGACAGAGAGAGCCCGACUGGAGGUGGAGAUCAUUCAGGCCUCAAAUAAAGCUUUACACGCUAUUCAGAAGUGGAAGGAUAUGCAGUUGAGUAAGCUAACAAAACUGGAAACACAGUUUCCCAGCAGCCAAGCAGCGGCGUCUCAUGUACAGGAAAGGAUUAAAGCCUUAGAGAUUGCCAUGCAGAUGGCCAGAGAAGUACGCCGGGUCCCCUUCUUUCAGGAGUACUGCAUCCUGGAGAAGGUAAUAGAGACGCUGCAGACACCAGUGGUUCACAAGACCUUUGAUUUGAAAUGCACCACUGAGGGCACUAGAAUGAGCUGUGUUUUUCAGUCAGAGAGUCUGAGCCAGUCUUUGACAUUGUCCCUGAAAAUGGAGGCCAGCAGCUCAAACCCGGUAAUCAAGUACCCUCUGGAAAACCACCAGUCAGGCAUUUCCAUCAAAAACGCUUCAUGCAAAAAUGCAGAGGACAGAAACAGCUGUUCCAGUUUACCCAGUAACCAGCUUCCUAUUCCAAAAGAGCAUGAGCCUGGGAGCCCAGAGGCCAGUAGCUCAUCAUCCCAAGGCUCCCAUUUAAUCCCAAAACCUGGCUGCAAAAUCAACCUUUCCCACCACAGCUCCUUCUCAGACCUUGGAAGCCCAGAUGUAAUUAUUGAGGAAUUAUUCGAUGAUUACCCAGAGCCUGUUACUCCAACUGGCCCUGAAAUGGCCAGCAUUGAAUGGAGUUCCCAAAAGAGACGAAAGGGUCACCUGCAUAACUAUAAGAUUACUCAGUGGGUGGUGGUGACCCAUGUCGUGAAUCCAAGUCACUUCUAUGUCCGCUAUGUGGCUGAGAAGAAGGAAAGCGAGAUUCUUUCAAAGAAGAUUAAUGAACUGUGUUGUGGAGAUGGUUGCCUCUUCACUCUGAGAGACACCGUGGAGAGAGGCUCCAUGAUCUUUGUGAAGUGGAAGGACGGGCUGUGGUGCCGCACCAGAGUGGUUGAAGUCUUUCAGAAAAGCUGUGUUAAGGCUGUAAAAGCCUGUCUAGUCACUCAGCUGGCCAGUUUACGAGUUUUCUUCCGAGACUAUGGGUUCACUAAAAGCAUCACCAUCCAAAAUGAGGAGGGGACAGCUGAGCCUUUACUAAACAAUGUAAAUGAUAACCUGAGGAAAGUGGAAGAAGCUGUGAAUGUAGAGCUGAGUUGCUUUGCUCCUCAGGCCGUAAGAUGUUCACUGAAGGAUCUGGUCCCAUAUAACCUGACAGAGGGCUGGAGUGAAGAGGCAAAGGCUGAAUUUUGCUCUGUGGUUGGAUGUGCUGCGGUGGAGAUGCGACCGUUGGGUCAGGACAGAGACUCGUUGUUGGUGGAUCUUAGAAAAGCUCCCAUGGAGCAAUCCACUGAUGUGCCCUUCUCUGUCAGGGAGUACCUUGUUUUCAUUGAGGUGGCCAGGUUUUACUCUCCAGUGACACUGGGCAGGAGGCCUCUAAUGUACUAUCCUCCUGUGUAUCCUGAAGCCAGCAAAGAGCUCGAUGCUGUGGUCUGCCACAUCAACAACCUCUCUGACUUCUACAUCCAGCUGGUUGACAACAUGGAGUCCUUGUUGCUUUCAGCCAAGCUUCAGGAUUGCUACAAUGCACUGUCAGAAGACAAACUCAGGGUCUACUGCCCUGUGAUAGGACAGGCUUGUAUUGCCCGCUUUGAAGACGAGUUGUGGUACAGAGCUCAAGUCAUCGGCCAUCCUGGGGGACGAAAGGUGGAAGUGCGCUAUGUUGACUUUGGCAACAAGCAAAUUUUGUCAGUCAGUGACCUAAGGAAGAUCAAUGAUGAGUUCUUUGCCCUUCCUGCCAUGGCUGUUCGUUGCUGUUUGGAAGAUGUGAUUCCUUUGGAUGGAGAGAGUUGGAGUGAAGCUUGCACUGAAAGAUUCAUCAGCCUAGCUCACCAAAAACUGGUCACUGUUGAGGCAACAGGAAAGGUUCCUAAGACUGAGCCUUUGCCACUGAAAGUGUUGGUAGGUGACGUAAACAAGCCAAAAAUCAGCAUAGCUGAGCUGCUGGUAAAUGAAGAUUUGGCCCGCUUCAAAGAUGGCGUGCUGAAAUUCAAAAAUGAAGAUCCCUCUGGUGUCGAUUCCACUGUAUGGGAUCCCCCACUUGAGCUUGGUUUAGCCACAGAGGAAGUUGAUGCUGUAGAUCAAAUAAUUAUUGAAGGGGAAAAUGUUGAACCUCUGGAUUUGCAGCCUCAGGUGAAGCUACCUGACCAACGUAAAGACCUCAAAGUCAGGGUCACUCACGUCAACUCACCAAGCAGCUUCUACGUACGACUCACCAAUUCUGACUCUCAACUUAAAAGGAUAUGUGAACUGGUGAAGCAGGAGUGUGCCCUGAUGGAGCCCCAAGAUGUGGUGUGGAAGGCAGAUAUGUACUGUGCUACCACCAUUAAUGGAGUCUGGGAGAGAGGACAAAUCUGCUGCGAUGUCACAUCAAGCACUGCGGAAGUCAGACGGUGUGACCAUGGCAACACAGUGAAGAUCCAUGUUAGUAACCUGCACCCACUUCCAUCCUCUUUGGUUGGCUCCCUGGCACUGGAGUGUACUCUGAAUGACAUCAGGCCGACAGGAGGCCGAUCAACGUGGACGGAUACAGCUUGUGACCUAAUCUCUUACUACCUGACAGGAGCUUCGGCUUUAAUAACAAUAAAGGAGGCGACAGAUAAGCAGCCGUUGCCUGUUGUGUUGUUCUGCUCCAACAGAGUUGGAGAAUUUAUCAGCAUUGCCGACUUUCUGGUCAACAAAGGCCUCGCCCUCAAGGAAAGAACACCAAGGGUCCCUGCUGUCCAAAAACCCAAACAAACUGAUGCCCAGACACCAGCAAAUGACCCAGAAAAUUGCAAAAAAGAAGAAAGCAACUCCUCUCUAUCUGUUCCACUUUUUUCCUGCCCAUCAUCUUUCUCCAAGUCUACUUGCAUUCCUCCAAAACCACUUCCCCGCUCCAUUUUAACACCUGAAAAGGUGAAGACUGCAAAGUAUCACCCUCCAGAGCUGCCUUGUCUUGGUCACAUCCUUAUCACUGUUUCUGCUGUUGGAGAUGAUGGUGUUAUUUAUGCCAGAACACAGAAUGCAGAGUAUCAGCUUGAACAACUUGGGGAAGGGAUUCAGAAGACCAUCAAGACUUUGCCUAGACAGAAGUCCUACACCUGGAAGUCGGUACAGGGCUGUGCCGUCAUCGGACCCGACAUGUUGUGGUACCGAGGACAGCUGCUGGAGUUGCUGGGAGGACACGUUAAGGUACAAUAUGUGGACUAUGGUCUGGUUGAGAACAUCCCAGUGGUGCAUGUGUAUCCCAUGCUGCUGUGUGUCGAGGUUCCUCAGCUCUGCAUGCCCUGCCAGCUCUUUGGCAUCAACCCUGUUGGUGGUAAAUGGCAACGAGAUGGAGUAGCCUUGAUGAGGGAGGUGUUGCUUAACCGCUCAGUGGGCCUGCAAGUUGUGGAGCUGCCAGCUGACCCCCGGGGGCCUCUCACAGUUGAGAUCUUGCUUGAUGGGAUGAGUCUCAGCAGGAUUCUGUGUCAUCAUGAACAUGCCUCCAUUGACAGCACUCUAUCAAUACUGCAGGAUCUGAAAAUGAUGCCUCCUGCUCCUCUCCUGGAUGUCUGGGAUAUCAGUACUGAGGGUCUAAAGGGUCCAGAAGAGCCAGUGUUGGGGUCCUUUGUUAACCCAAACCUGCCACUGGAGGGAGAACAGUUUGGAGUUAGGGUCACACAUUUAUGGACCCCCAAUGAGCUGUUCCUGUGGCCUCUGCAGAAACAACCUAAUUCAGAGAUGACUAGAGAAACUCUGACUGAAGCUUUGACUAAAAUCAAUGCGAACAUCACCUCUCUGCCACGUCUGACCAGCUUUCCAUAUGGUGGUCCAUGUUUGGCAGAGUACAGCGAUGGGAAGUACUACCGGGCCAGGCUGAUGAAGUUCACCAGCAUAGAGCCUCUCAUGAUCUUGGUUCAACAUGUAGAUUUCGGGUCUGACGACUCUCUGCCAGCCAGCAAGCUGCGACAGAUGCCAGCUGAGCUGCUGCGGUUUGCAAUACAGGCGAUUAAAGUCAAGGUUGCCGGCUUCAAGGCUCCAAGUGUGGAAUGUAGUGAAGAUGUCCUCCCAUACUGCCCUGCAUGGACUGUGAAGGCUGCGAUGGAAAUGACUGAUCUGUUGCACAAUAACAUCACAGCAACUGUUGUUUCACGAGAGCCAGAGCUCACAGUGAAGCUGUACAACGAGGAUGGAGAGCUGGUCCAUUUGCCUCUGGUAAACAGUGGACUGGCUGAACUUGACUAAAACAAAAGACCCUGGUGAAAGCAAAGAGCAGGUGUCCAUGUUGCUGUUGUUUUGGGUUUCAAAUUUCAUUCAUUAUUACUGCUGUUCUUAGUUUCUACAUGUUGGGAAAAAAAAGUUGCUCCAAUCUGUUGGCUGUUAUUGAACAGUGAUUUAAUUCAUAUUUGGCUGUUUAAGUCAUUAAUGUUCUUGUGGCACUUUGAUUUGUUUUUCUGUGUAAAGAGACCCAAUAAAGUUCCCCAAUACGA